AUGUUCUUCACCAAGAUUUCGGUUGCUGCAUUGGCGACAGUAGGAGCUGCUGCACAGGCCGCUAGUUCUGCCGUUGACGCGGACGUUGUUGUCGUUGGUGGGGGCAGCUCGGGGGCCUACGCAGCUGUUCGGUUAACUCAAGACUUUGGCAAGAAAGUCAUAGUCGUCGAAAGGGCCAGCGUUCUUGGUGGCCACGCCAACACAUGGUACGAUCCAGUGACCAAAAAGCCCUUUGGCUACGGAAUUGAUGUCUUUGACAACAUUACCGCCUCCGUCAAUUAUUUUGCUCGCUUCAAUAUAUCGAUAAAGGCACCAACAUACGACAGUUCUGCAUCAAUCUCGGCGGAUUUCACAGAUGGAGCCUUGGUCGACUACACGGCUCCCGCAUCCGCCGCAGCCGACGCCGCGUUUAGCAAGUGGCGCGAACAGUGGAAACGGUUCGAGCCUCUCCUGCUCCCCAUAGGCACCGAAUUCCCUACGGGUGAUGACAUACCCGCCGACUUGCUUCUGCCUUGGAAGGAUUUCGCGCGCAAGUACGACCUCGUAGCUUUUACCCCAAAGAUAUGGACCGUCAUGGGCCUGGAUGUCAACACGGCCCUGGUCAUCGAUGUCUGGAAGGCCUAUUACCCUGCUGAUGGGGGCUUUGUUGCUGCCUCGGGCGACAACCGGGAGAUCUAUUUCAAGAUCCAGGACUUUCUGGGCGACAGUGUCAUGUACGAGUCCGAGGUCGUCUCCAGCACCCGAUCCGACACCGGAGUACAACUUGUCGUCAAGCACAAGAACGGAAGCACCUCCACCGUCAACGCCAAGAGGCUUUUGGUCACCAUCGGGCCGGAGACGAUGGACAAGACCGUCUUUGACUUGGAUGACAAUGAGACGGCGGUCCUGCACUCGACCUGGGGCAACCGUUACUACACUGGCAUCGUCUCCCACCCGUCCCUGCCGGCCAUGGUCGUCACCAACACCGACCCCCAUGCCGCGGGAGGAAACUUCCUGGCCUACCCUACCACGCCGUACCUGGCAAACUUUUACUACAGGGCCAACUCAUCGUUCGGUCCCGUCUUCCGAUCGCUGGUGAUCGCACAAAAUGAGACCGGUUUCCAAGACGCGCAGAAUAUCGUGCGCGGUUCCUUGCAGAGGCUCAUGGACGCCGGAACAGUACCCAAGGGAGAUGCGAACCAGUUGAAGUUUGAAGCGUUUGAAGAGCAUGGCUUUUUGUACAGACGCUGGACUCCUGAGCAGCUUCGUGCUGGUAUUAUAAACCAGGCGAACAAGCUGCAGGGUCUCCGGUCUACUUGGUAUACGGGGGCUUACUGGAUGAAUAACAAUGCCGCAAUGCUUUGGAACGCUACCGACACCAUUCUGCCGAAGAUGCUGAAGGGGAUCUGA